ACAGCGCCGUCGCCUGAGGAGCUCCUCGCCUGCGCCGUCUUCAACCUCGUCGAACCAGGCCACCCCGGCCAGCCUUCCGCCACCUGCAAGCCAACCCCACCGCCGGCCGCCCUUCCCCAUCUCGAUCGGAUCCAGGACCCCGCCGCCUCCAGCCACCUCUCCACGGUCAUGGCACCGCUGGAGGUUCCUUGCCUCGAGCCUCUGCCACGACCAGCACCCGACCAGCAGGUCGCCAGCGCGCCCGAUGCCUCCUCCUCGCGCAUGCCUGGCCGCGCCACCGGACCUCGCAGGCAACAACAGCCUCCUUCAACCUCGUCGCCUCAAGCCCCUGCUUCGUCUCCUCCUACGUGGAUCCAUUCGCCCUCGCGUCGUUCCCACGGGAUCAGGCGCGUUCCGGCCGGGAAGAGCCCCGCCGCUGCGACCUCCUGCAUCCUGCCGCCAUGGCGCCACUGCCGUUCUCCUUCAGCGAGACUAGUAAGCUUGCACGUGCAAUGCACGUCUUGCUUGCACAUGCAAAGGUUGUUGAUAACAACAACAGUAACACAAUCGCCGCGAGAAAAAUGUGUGAUGUAGCACAAUGGUGACACCAACGCCUCCCGGCUGUGCCCAGCUGUGGCAACUGCCACACCCCACUGCCACCGGACGGCGCCCCCAUCCAGGAGUACACAAGUUGCCCCACGCCAAGCGAGAUCUUGCAAAUCUUCUCUAUCAUUGUCAUUGCAAAAGGACUUUCAUCAGUGGCUCGCUGACAAUCUCCCCCAAACCCUACAAGAGAUUCAAGUAAGUUUAAACUUCCAUUUUGCACAUGUGCAAUUGAGUCACUCACCUUGCUAGAUUAGGUCAGAUCUAUUAUCCAUACCUAAGCCCUCCGAAUUAUUGUAUUUUCCU